AUGAUACUAACGACUCGGCAGAUCCAAGAUGCCCCUCUAGUCUUGAACCCGGAGCGCAAGCUAACGCUUGUGCUAAGAAACCUACGGUUAUCUGACAUCACCAAUAUUGCAGCCGCUUCAACAAAGUAUCAGGUCUUGGACUUGAGUGGUAACGAGUUGGUCACUUUGGCACGGCUACCACCGGAUAGCGUGGCCCAAUUGGAGGUCUUGCUCCUUGCAAACAACAACAUCACAUACGUUGAAGAAGAGUUUCGGAAUCCCGGCAGCUUAAGGUCUAUCUCGUUGAUGAACAACAACAUCCACCGUUUCCAGCCGAGCUUUAUACGGUCGUUUGAGAAGAUUGAAAGUUUGGUUCUCGUUGGGAACCCCAUCACGAAGCUACGGGACUAUAGACUUUUCAUGAUCUGGCUCGCCCCCAGUCUCCGAGCAUUGGACCUUCAGAAAGUCAGCCGAAGCGAGAGACAGGCAGCUAGCCGGAAAUUUGGAGAGGAGCGGGUGUUGGCAUCAGGUGCUGUCCAGGAAAUGUUCAAGCUCGACAUUGAGCCCAAACUGACCGAAAAGAGCGUUGCUUUGCUGCUGCUGGAUAAACAAGCGCAUGCCGUGGUGAAUAAACUCUCGGAAACGGACAAGCAACAGCUAUUGAGAAAGUUGGAGAACGCUUCGAGUAUUGAGGAAAUAGAACAGAUCGAGAACAUGAUCCGCUCAGGCAGAGUAUAA